UGCACUGCCUAUCAUUAACACUGGGCGGUGUUGGUAUACGUCUCACUACGUUCUUGUCACAAUAGCAGAAUAAAAAUGUCCCUAUUGUACACGUAGACCAGCUGAAAGCCAUUUCAAGCUUUGUUGAUCAACGUCCCCGUGUAUCUCUGCUGACAGUUCGCCUCCAUAGAUCAUUGAGAAAGGCCACUAUGCGAAGGGCUCUUUUACUGCGUAUGCUUAUCGUGUUGAGCUCGGUUCUGCAAAAGCUGUUGUGCGGUAAAUUUCAGAUAUGCGGGAAAACACCAGGCCUUCUCACGGCAUCUCGGGGCGCGGCUUUUGCCAGCAGGUAUGUUCAAAAGUGUGGAAAAGAUAUUAUUUUGGGCUAUCCUUGGACAACAGCCAAGCUCAAACAGGUUUCAGAAAAGGGUUGCCUGGGCUUAAGCCUGUGCUAUGCUCACAAUGAACACAAAAGGAGAAAGAGCGAUCUAACCUUCAGACAAGGAGUACGAGAGUGCCUGGUGAGAGGCAUGCGAGCAAUUUACAUCUUAAAGCCUGAAGCCUUCCACUUCACACAAGAUGAGUUCUUUUCGAUCAUGCAGCAUUUCAAUAAUUGCCUAAGGGGUGACAUGUUGCCUAUGGAUGUAUCAGUGGCCCAGGGUCUUAUGAGAUACUUCAUCAAGAGAUCAUCCAUGGUGCCGAACAGAUAAAAAGCCUGCAACACUGAAACAAAAGCCAAUA